AUGUCAAAGUGUCAAAGCAAAGCUGGUCAAAGCCGCAAAGCUGUUGUAAAAAUAUCUUUAGAACAUGAAAUAUUGCUACAUCCACGAUACUUUGGGCCUCAAUUACUCGAUACGGUUAAACAGAAACUAUAUACCGAAGUUGAAGGUACUUGCACCGGCAAAUAUGGAUUUGUUAUAGCAGUAACUACAAUAGACAGUAUUGGAGCAGGUCUUAUCCAACCAGGCCAAGGAUUUGUAGUAUAUCCUGUUAAGUACAAGGCAAUUGUUUUUAGGCCUUUUAAGGGAGAGGUUCUUGAUGCAAUUGUCACACAAGUUAAUAAGGUUGGAAUGUUCGCACAGAUAGGUCCAUUAAGUUGUUUUAUAUCCCAUCAUUCAAUUCCAGCAGAUAUGGAGUUUUGUCCAAAUGUAAACCCCCCAUGCUACAAGAGUAAACAGGAAGACAAUGUUAUACAGGAAGAGGAUGUUAUUAGAUUGAAGAUUGUGGGCACCAGGGUGGAUGCAACUGGCAUUUUCGCAAUUGGGACUUUGAUGGACGACUAUUUAGGCCUGGUAACGCAGUAA